CUAUUACUGGACGCGGUGAUGAUUCGGAAGAACUUGAGGAACUCGGUGAUCGGCGGCGCCUGGCCUUUGAUUCUGAGGCUGGUGUUCGACUGCGCUUCGCAACUGCUGUCACUCUUGAGCGGGAUCGUGACCGCGACGGCGUUCGGCUACGUGACUUCGGAGUGGCCCUGCCAGCGGACUUGCUCCUCUGGCGUGUGGCCACCU